AGCAGGGUCCUCCCGGAGCGCCGGCGGCUGCGCGCUCUUUCCGCGGCCGGAGCCAGCUGGAGAGGCGCAGGGCGGCGCAAACUCCGCGCCGGCUCCAUGGACUUCAACGCCAGCCUCGGCAGCCCCGCGGGAGCCAAGCGGGGUAGAGAAGCCGCCGCCGCCGCCGCCAGAGGGUCAGCAGCAAUGAAGAAGACACACACGUCCCAGAUCGAGGUGAUCCCCUGCAAGAUCUGCGGAGACAAGUCCUCUGGGAUCCACUACGGCGUCAUCACUUGUGAAGGAUGCAAAGGUUUCUUCCGGCGGAGCCAGCAAGGGAAUGUGACCUACUCUUGCACCCGACAGCAGAACUGCCAAAUCGACCGCACCAGCCGAAACCGGUGCCAGCACUGCCGCCUGCAGAAAUGUCUCAGCCUCGGCAUGUCUCGGGACGCCGUCAAAUUUGGCCGGAUGUCCAAGAAGCAGCGGGACAGCCUCCACGCUGAAGUCCAGAAGCAGCUGCAGCAGCAGCAGCAGCAGGACGGAGAGGCUUCGCCUUACUCCCUGGGUGUCGCCAACGGGCAGCUGAAGUUGGCUCCCCCGCCGGACCUCCUGGAGGCCUCGGCCUGCUCCACCACCGCCCUCCUGAACGGCCAGGCACGCCUCAGCCAGUGCCCGGACGAGACGGCCGCCUUGGCUUACUCCAACGGACUUGCCAAGGCCCAGAGCAUUCUGGGAGAGGACCUGCGCGCCCCCUUCACCAAGGAGUACAGCCCCGAGCGCAUCAAGAUGGAGAGCCGGGGCAGCGUCUAUUACGCCCUGGGGACGCAGGCAUCGCCGGAGCUCUCGCACCCGGACGCCCACGGGGCCAAGCGGCCGGCGUGCGGCGAGGGGGAGAGCCUCGACUUCUACACCGCCCCCAGCUUCACCAGCCUCUUGGAGUCCCCAAACUCAUCCCUGACAGAGAUCGAGCACCUCACGCAGAACGUCAUCAAGUCCUACCGAGAGACGUGCCAGCUGCGCCUGGAGGACCUCCAGCUGCUGAGAUGGGAGACCUUUACCCGGGAGGAAGUGGGGAGCUACCAGAAAAAGUCCAUGGAAGAGAUGUGGGAGCGCUGCGCCUGCCGCAUCACCGAGGCCAUCCAGUACGUGGUGGAGUUCGCCAAGCGCAUGGACAGCUUCAUGGACCUGUGCCAAAACGACCAGAUCGUGCUCCUCAAAGCGGGUGCCAUGGAAGUAGUUUUGGUGAGGAUGUGCCGUGCCUUCAAUUCUGAGAACCGGACGGUCUUCUUUGAAGGGAAAUACGCCGGCCCAGAGCUCUUCAAAUCCCUCGGAUGCAACGAGUUGAUCAACUCCAUCUUCGACUUCGCUCACAGUCUCUGCGCUCUGCACUUCUCCGAGAACGAAAUGGCCCUCUUCACGGCGCUGGUGCUUAUUAACUCAAAUCGUCCCUGGUUGCAAGAGAAGAGCAAGGUGGAGCGUCUGCAGAACAAUCUGGAGUUGGCCUUCAGGCACAUGUUGCGGAAAAACCACCGUGAAGGCAUCCUGGCCAAGUUGCCCCCCAAAGGGAAGCUUCGAAGCCUCUGCUGCCAGCAUGUGGAGAAGCUCCGUUCCUUCCGCCAGAUGUACCCUAUCAUUGUCCACGCCGUCUUCCCGCCCCUGUACAAAGAGCUCUUUAGCGCAGACUGUGACCCUCUACAGGGAACAGCAGGGGAAUAAUCCCCCCGCUCCCAGCAGGGUGAGGACCCUCUCUCUCUCUGCCUUUCUCCAGCUUCUCCUCUGCAACCGGCGCCAGAGCGGGAAGGGGCAGGAGGUGGUAAUCAAGACCAAAACAAUCCUGCUGCCAUCUUUGCCUGCCCAAAGCGGAGCAGAGCAGCUGGAGCAGAACGCCUGGGUUUUGUGUUUGAAAGAUUCCCCACUUCUGACACCAGCUUUGGUACGCAACCUUGACCACGCCUCUUCGUCCCUGGAUAAGCACGGAGCGAGCCCACACUAACCCCUCACAGGAAACCGCGGGGCUGAGGGACUAGGCAACGUGUGUGCGGAGCGCUUUGGAAAGCAUUCGGAAGUCUACCGCUGUGGAAGCUUAAAAGUAUUAAGUAAGGGGAGGGUCUUGUGGACAAACAGCACUCCUAGCGUGAGGAAGCUCUCGCCGUGACGAAGUCUCAUUGGAGGGGCAAAGUCCAAUUAGCUGCCCACGUUGUAACGCCGUGGCCAAAAUGGCCGACUUAGGUAGCCAAGAAAUACCUCAUUUUUGCUGCCUAAUGGCACAAGACUCAACCAAGCUGUUCUGUUUGUGUUUUUUCUUGAAACCAAGUUUUUAAGAAAUAAUAUAAUAUAUAUAUAUUGUGGACAAAUGUGAUUCUAUAAGAUAGAUCUCUAUUUUUCAGUGUCUGUCCACUUCUGUAUUUGAUAACGAAAGAGUCUCUUGUCUUUUUCUCUCAUUGUGUGUGUGUGUGUCUCUCACACGCAGACUGACCUCUCGGUUUAGAUUCUAUCUCACCAGCAACUUCCAAAAACCAACAACGCCCCCCAAACCUCAUAUCCUGCUGCUUUUGCUUUCUUUUAAAAUGGGAGG